GUUACUGGGCAUCUCUAAGGUGUUGAAGGCAGGAACUAAUUGACGUAUUGUUUAUAACCUAGAAGUGAAAUUAGUGAACUAUUUUAAUGUUUUUAAUCAGUUGAAUUUCAUUAUGAUAACUUUUCACUCAAUAUAUACUUAUUUGUAUUGGUUUUUUCGGCCCUGUAUUAAAUGGUUUUUGAGGAAAACCACCAAACUUUGUGAGUUACAAAGAAUCUGCUAUGGUGAGCCAGUAGGUUAUCCUAGAUCUCACGGAGUGGAAGAGUCUUUAAACCUGUCAAGAAAUGAGUACAUAAAAGACUUAAUUACGUACUUAAAUAAAUUGAGUGAUGAGAAGAAACUAAGUGGUCCUAUGUACAAGGCUGCACUUGAGAAGUCUGUGCAUGUUGUAGUGUUAGCAAAGAAAAUAAACCCAACCAUUCAUCGCCAGUUUUUAAAGUCCUUUGGAAGGUGUGUUGAACAUGUAUGGGGAUAUCGACAACUCCUGCAAGAAAUUGAAAGCUUGAGAUUGACUCAGUUUGAUUCUGAAGAUGAAAGCCAUGAAGAAAAACUCAUGAAACUGUGGAAUAAGCUGAAACCAGACGAACCAUUGACUUCAAGAACUUCGAAGCAGUGGCGAGAAAUAGGAUUUCAAGGUGAUGAUCCAAAGACUGAUUUUCGAGGGAUGGGGAUUCUAGGUCUUGACAAUCUCAUUUAUUUUGCUGAAGAGUAUCCUGGACCAGCUGGUCAUGUUCUUUCACAUUCCUUACAUCCAAAGUAUGGUUAUGACUUUGCUAUUGUUGGAAUAAAUUUGACCAGCAUGGCAUAUCAUUUGUUUAAAGAUGGUGCUGCCAAGACACAUGUGUACAAUGCUACAAAGAGCUUACCUAGUAUUAGAAUUUUUCACCAAUUUUAUUGUUACUUGUUCUAUGAGUUUGACAGAUUUUGGCUUCAGUCAAAGCCAAACAUUAUGGAAUUUAGCUUUAUUAGGGAAAAAUUUGAGAAUAACAUUCGUACAUUCCUCUCAAAUCCCUCUGCUGUCUGUAAGAUAAAUAUACCAGUAGAUACAGUUUAAUAUAAGGAAGUGUUUUAAGAGGGAUAGACUGAAUGAUUUAUAUUUUAUUUCUGUGUUUAUUGUGUUGUACUUAAAAGGAUUUUUAGUAAACUACUAAAUAUAAUUUAUGUUCAUUUUGUAUAACAAGAGCUGUUUUGCUUCAAUGCUCAGACUGCCCUAGCUAAUAGGCUAAAUUUUAAAAAACCUUUCUCUUGUUAACUGUUUUAUGACAUGUGCCUGUUUUGUGCAAUUUUUCAGGAAACUUUCAAUAUUAAUUAGUCUAUUUAGUUGUGUUGCUAUGAAGUACAUUUACUUUACUUGUACAUUUUAUGGCGUAGCACGGAAACAUUCAUUUCCAAAUUCUUUAAAGAAAAUAAUCAUUGUUCUCAGUUUGUUAUAUUGGUUUUUUAUAUAAUAUUAAAUUAAUACACUGCCAUUUUAAAUAAAUUAAUUUGCUUUUUCAACAUUUACAGUACUAUUUAACUUUUGAUACUAAUUAAUCUUAUUAGUUUAGGUUGUGAGUUGAAGUUGCUGUACUGUUAAUUUUGUUGUUCAAAACCAUUAUUUUUCCAAAUUCUUUGACUAAGCUUAUCACAAAAUAUAUAUUGUUUCUCAUUUUGUUAUAUUGUUGUUUCAUGUACUGUUAGUAUUGAUUAAAAAUUUAAAGUUAAUGUACUGCCUUAGAUAUAAAAUACAGUACUGAUAAGUUUAAUUAGUUGUAUUGUUACAAGGUAAAAUCGUUUUACAUACAUGUUAAUUUUAAUGACGUCUUAUAAAAACAUUCAUCUGUAAAUUCUUUGAAAUAACAAAUAAACAUUGUUCUCAGA